AUGGCGGCGGAGGUGGAGUACGAGUCCGUGCUGUGUGUGAAGCCCGACGUCAGCGUCUACCGGAUUCCGCCGCGGGCCUCCAAUCGCGGUUACAGGGCAUCUGACUGGAAAUUAGACCAGCCUGAUUGGACUGGUCGCCUCCGAAUCACUUCAAAAGGGAAGAUUGCUUAUAUCAAACUCGAGGACAAAGUUUCAGGGGAACUUUUUGCUCAGGCACCAAUAGAACAGCAUCCUGGUAUUGCUGUGGAGACAGUGACAGAUUCCAGCCGCUACUUUGUAAUCCGGAUCCAGGAUGGUACUGGACGUAGUGCUUUCAUUGGCAUUGGCUUCACAGAUCGGGGUGAUGCCUUCGACUUUAAUGUCUCUUUGCAAGAUCACUUCAAGUGGGUAAAGCAGGAAUCUGAGAUUUCCAAAGAAUCUCAGGAAAUGGACACACGCCCCAAGCUGGAUCUGGGCUUCAAGGAAGGACAGACCAUCAAGUUGAGUAUUGGGAAUAUUACAACCAAGAAAGGAGCCACUUCUAAGCCCAAGACUGCAGGCACUGGAGGCCUAAGCUUACUCCCACCCCCACCUGGAGGCAAAGUCACUAUUCCCCCACCAUCCUCCUCAGUUGCCAUCAGCAAUCAUGUCACUCCACCACCCAUUCCAAAAUCUAACCAUGGAGGUAGUGAUGCAGAUAUCCUUUUAGAUUUGGACUCUCCUGCUCCUGUCCCCACACCAGCACCAGCACCAGCACCAGGUCCAGUUUCUGCAAGCAGUGACUUGUGGGGAGACUUUAGCACUGCAUCCAGCUCUGUUUCAAACCAGGCACCACAGCCAUCCAACUGGGUCCAGUUCUGAAUAGCAUUGGCAGGAUAUUAAGGACAGACUUGAAGAAUAAAAUGACCUUGAGGGCACCAAUCUGUGAGGGAAGUUAGGAAUCUCUUCUUUCCCCAGAACCAAAAUUACUGGACAAUCUUUUUCAUAGCUUCUCCAUUGCGUUCAGGCUGGUUUAUGUCACUCCCCUAUGUUGUUAUUUGUACAGCCAAGAAAGUAUCUCUUAUCUCCUCUUCACUAUCAAGGCAGGGGAAUAGUAGGUCUUAUCAUACUGUGGCUGACUAUGAAGGGCUCCAAGGCCAGGGUUUCUGAGGGGGAAAUGACCUUUAACAUCUGCAACAUUUUUCUCCAUCUUUUAAACGCUUAAACAUAUUUCAGAAUCAUCUCAUGACCCUUGUGCGACUCUUUGUGAAGCCCUAUUUAGCAAUUUCAGGGGAGACUUCCUUUUCCACUCACCCAAGACUCUGAAAAUAGACAGAAUGACCUCAGUGUUUACAAAUACAGAAUUUUGAUAGAGAUAGGAAUGAAGAAAAACCUGUGUCUUGAGUCUCUGCUAUCUAUCCUCCAGGUUUAUCCUAUUCAGUGAACAUCUAGUGCUGGAUGAAGUUUCAUCACCCUCUCAUGUGUUUACAUGUCUCUUCCUAUGAUAAGAGGGUUGUGUUGGUGGCAUCUCCACUAUUCUUUUUAAAAAUAUAUAUAUUUUAUGAUUUUUUUUUUUUUUUUUAGAGAGGGAGAAGGA